CAGGCACCGGACCCCCAGGCGGGGGCGACAGGCACCGGGCCCCCAGGCGGGGGCGACAGGCACCGGGCCCCCAGGCGGGGCGACAGGCACCGGGCCCCCAGGCGGGGCGACAGGCACCGGCCCCCAGGCGGGGCGACAGGCGCCGGACCCCCAGGCAGAGCGACAGGUCUCGGGCCCUCAAGCGGAGCGGCGGGCGCCGGACCCCAAGGCGGAGCGGCGGGCGCCGGACCCCCAGGCGGAGCGACAGGUCUCGGGCCCUCAGGCGGGCGGAGCGGCGGGCGCCGGACCCCCAGGCGGGAGCGACAGGUCUCGGGCCCUCAGGCGGAGCGGCGGGCGCCGGACCCCCAGGCGGAGCGACAGGUCUCGGGCCCUCAGGCGGAGCGGCGGGCACGGAUCCCCAGG